UUACCAAAGUCAAGAUUUUUCAGGAAUUUUUAGCGAGUGUUGUAAAUUAAAAUGUGUUUUGAAAAUUGUUUGAUACCAAAAAAGUUUCUUUGCGCCUUCUCUCUGAGGUGCGGAUCUUAUGUGGUCGGACUUUAUAUGUUUUGCCUCAUGAUGCUUGUGACUACUGCAGUGAUCGUCCAAACUAAAGCCUAUAGCAAUUUAGAGUAUUCGACGAAGACGCCCGAAAAUUAUCUGUUCGUCUUCAGCAUGGUGGCUAGCAUCGACAGCGUUUUCCUGACGUUGGUUAACUUGUGGCUGCUAUGGGGGAUUUGCAAGAAGAAUGCGACAAUAGUGGUGUGCUGGAUGAUGGUCACCAUCAUCGGGCUGUUGCACGUCUUCAUCACGUUUGUCCUGAUGUGCAUUUACGCCACCAACGUCAACGAAGCUGCCAGGGUGGUGUGCUUGAUUGUAGCUUUUGUUGCUAUUGGAAUUGAGCUGUACGCUUUUCUUAUUGUCUACGCCUACUGGUUGGAGUUGAAAAAACUGAAGUCUGAGGGGACAAUCGCGUAAAAAUGUUAAGCAAGAUAAUGUAAAUUUAAUA